GAAAUUGACAAUAUCAUUGUAGGAGCGCACUAAAGGGGCGACGGUCCGCUCCACUACACUGAAGUAGGAUGUCUACAGUGGAAGAAGAAGAAGGGGGAGGGUACCACUUUGUCACAGGCUGCUAUGUAGAUUAACCUUUCAAUUAGUUGUUAUCAGGUCCUCUCCAUGUCUCGGCGCGAGCUUUUCAGCCUUCGUUUAAAGAGAUCAAAUCCCACCAAAUCGCUCGGAUAUGUCGCUUUAUCCAUCGACGUCUCCCCGCUAAUGAAGAGGAGUAUCCGAGGGGGGGGAAAACUUGAAGAGAUUUGCUCUGGGAUCUCAAUAAAUCCAGCUCAAGGUCAGCUGGUAAACACCAUUGUGGAAUUUACUAGUGCCAACUUUUCCUCAAGUUCACAGUCAGACUCCCAGGAUUUGAGGAAAUGUGUGGAUGCUGUUGUGGAACAUAACUUUUUGACCUUAUUAAGGAUGUGGAUGUACCGAUUUUUCAGCAACAGAAGAGGGGAAUCUUUAUGGAUCACGUUUUUGUGAGGCUAAUUGUUCAACCAUGGUAAAACUUGCAAACCCUCUGUACACGGAGUGGAUUCUUGAAGCAAUACAGAAAAUCAAAAGGCAGAAGCAGAGGCCCUCCGAGGAGAGAAUUUGUCAUGCGGUGGCCACGUCACAUGGACUGGACAAGAAAACAGUCCUUGAGCAGUUGGAAUUAAGUGUUCAUGAUGGCUCUAUCCUCAAGGUUACUAAUAAGGGGAGUGCUUCCUACAAGGACCCCGGACAUCCCGGAAGAGUUGGAUCAAUCUUGCCUGCAAACACAUCUGUGCCAUCAAAGGAAUCUAUAUGGAAUUCAACUGAUCUGCGCCAUAUUGAUUGGAAUAAAAUACUUAGGAGGGCCAUCGAAGGCCUGGAUGAUACCCAUGGCUCCUCACUGAAGAACAUCGAGAGGUACCUGAGGAACCAGAAUGACCUCUCAAACAUUAUCGACAACCCCGCCUUCCGGCAGAGGUUGCGGCUGGCCGCCAAGCGGUCGGUCAACAACGGCAGGCUGUUAAAGAACGGCCCGCGCUACAAGCUCAGCCACGGCGGCGUGGAGGGAAGGAGCUCCAGGUGUCCAAACGCUUCCCACUUGGUCCUGUCAUCGGUGACUCUCCUCCCUCAUGAGCGAGACCAGCUCCGGGUCGACCCCAUCCCAAUAUGCAGUUUCUGUCUUGGAACGAAAGAGUCAAAUCGGGACAAACGGCCAGAAGAGCUUCUGUCCUGUGCAGACUGCGGGAGCAGUGGCCAUCCAUCGUGUCUGAAGUUUUCCCCCGAAUUAACCUCAAAUGUGAAGAGAUUACGGUGGCAGUGUAUUGAAUGCAAAACCUGCAGCUCCUGUCGAAUACAGGGGAAAAACGCUGAUGAGAUGCUAUUCUGUGAUUCAUGUGAUCGGGGUUUUCACAUGGAAUGCUGCGAUCCGCCGCUUUCAAGAAUGCCAAAAGGAACCUGGAUCUGCCAAGUCUGCAGGCCAAAGGAGAACGGGAAGAAACUGCUGCACAAGAAAGCCGAUCAGAUCAAACGUCGAUAUGCAAAGCCAAUCGGAAGGCCCAGAAAUAAGCUCAAACAAAGAAUGUCUGUAACCAGUGGUGACGGCUCCAUGGUAGCACUUGGAGGAAGGGGGUCACCUGGUAGGGGUCAAAAGAUUACCGUCUGUUCCACACCUUCAUCUGGUCAUGCUGCAUCUGUGAAGGACCCCAGAGACAGAUUGGCCGUGGCGGGCCCGUGUCGCGCGGCCGACGCCACCCAAUUCACCACUUCCACUCCCACCACCACUCCCCCCCUCACGCCCACCUCCACCCCAGCCACACUCACUGUUAACAAGAAAACCAAAGGGCUUAUCGACGGGCUUUCCAAAUUCUUUACUCCUUCCCCCGUGGGCCGCCGCUCGCGAGCUGUAUCCGUCGAGUUGCCCGCCAAAGCGCUAAGCUCUAGGGACGAGGGUCCGCCCAUAGUUUCCAAGCCACCAGAGCCGUUUGCCUCCGCUGCUGCUGACACUUCUGAAAAGAUAACCCCCCCGCCCUCUGCACCGCCUCCCGCUCCCACCCUGCCGGGACUUAGCCCCCCCUCGCAGGUGUCCAGCAGCUCCACCUCUGCUAACUCGCCCCAGAGCUCUUCCAGCCAGUCGAGUGUCCCCUCCCUGGGUAGCCUCUGCAGUCGCAGCCAACUUAAGGGACUUUUUGACGGACUCUCCCACAUUUUUACCACUCAGGGACAGUCGCGGAAAAAGAGACUACCUUGCUACGCCCCGCCUCAGCGUAUGCCCCAUAAGCAGGAUUCUCCCCACGCGUCCAAAUCGGGACCCCGGCGACUGGGAAAGAAUGAGUUUCAUAAAAAUAGGUUACACUCCACAUCUGCCGGGCCAGGCCGGCCCAGGGGACACCCGUUUAAGAUGGUCAGUCAUUUCAAACGCAACCCUUUCCUUAAAAAGCACAGGACACUAGGCAGGCUGAGGUAUAAAGUGAGCCCUCAGAAGGGAGCCCCCUCACCAGGAAAGGGAGACUUGACAGACGGAAGAAUUAAGCCUGAGAAUAAUCAUGACCACAGCGGCGCGCUGCGUGUGAAGCAGGAGGCCCACACCAACUUUGUGGCCAUGUGUCGAGAUCACGUCUCGGAGGAGGACGUUGAGACGUUCGCACGGGUUCAGGAAAUCGCAGCCCAGAGAACCGGAUCUCUGAGGAACACAGACUCCGUUCGGUGCCCCGCUGUCAUUGAAUUUGGGAAGUAUGAGAUCCAGACCUGGUACUCGUCACCUUACCCGCCUGAAUAUUCAAGAUUACAAAAGCUUUAUCUGUGCGAGUUCUGUCUGAAGUACAUGAGAAGCAAAAACAUUCUCCAGAGACACACAAAGAAGUGUGGCUGGUUCCACCCGCCAGCCAAUGAAAUCUACAGAAAGGACAACCUUUCCGUAUUUGAGGUUGAUGGAAAUGUCAGCAAACUAUUCUGCCAAAACCUCUGCCUGUUAGCCAAGCUUUUCCUGGAUCACAAGACCCUGUAUUAUGAUGUGGAGCCUUUCCUCUUCUACAUACUUACAAAGAAUGAUGAGAAAGGCUGUCAUCUUGUGGGCUAUUUCUCCAAGGAAAAGCUUUGCCAGCAGAAGUACAAUGUCUCCUGCAUAAUGAUCAUGCCUCAGUACCAAAGGCAAGGAUUUGGAAGGUUCCUUAUUGAUUUCAGUUACCUUCUCACCAGGCAAGAAGGACAAGCCGGCUCCCCGGAGAAGCCUCUGUCAGAUCUGGGUCGCUUAUCCUACCUGGCAUAUUGGAAAAGUGUCAUACUGGAGCACCUUUAUAAGCACCCAGAUAAACACAUCAGUGUUAAAGGAAUAAGCAGGGCCACUGGGAUGUGUCCGCACGACAUCGCCGCUACUCUCCAGCAGCUCGGCAUGAUUGACAGACAGGAUGGCAGGAUUGUGCUGAUCAGAAGAGAGCGAUUGAUUCAGCGGCACAUAGAGAGACUGAGGGCGAACCCCCGUCGGAACGAGGUGGACCCAGACGCGCUGCGCUGGACGCCGUCCACCACCCUGAACGCCGUCCUGUCCGAGGAGGAGAGAGAGGCAGAGAUGGAUGCUGAGCGGCUGAAGGAGCAGGCCAGUUGCUGGGAGAAGGAGGAGAGAGAGGGCUACAUGAUGACUCACGGCAGCCGGCAGCCCCUCACCAAGGUCCACUGCAAAGUUCCCUACAGGACCUACGAGCGCCGACACGCGCCUUCCUGGACCAGGCGCAUCCAGCAGCUGGAGGAAGCCAGCGAUGACGAAGCCGAUGACGACGACGACGACGACGAUGACUCCGACGCCUCUGACGCCUCCGAUGGCUCUCCACCAAUCCUGACGAAAGCCCACGCGAUGCUCGCAGCCAAGAGAAAGAGAAAUAUCGUUCUCAAGAAGAGAGGCCGCAAAAGAAAACGGAUCAACAGCAGCGUGACAACGGAAACCAUCUCCGAGACGACGGAGGUGCUGAACGAGCCGUUCGACAACUCGGAGGACGAGCGUCCAAUGCCCCUACUCGAGCGCACCUGCAGAGUGGGUGAGCUGGAGGAAGAAGAAGAGGGGGAGGCACACAAGGACAAAACACCUACUCCACCGGUGAAGCGGCGGCGAGGUCGCCCAAGGCUGGAGAAAAAUGCACAGAAAGGCACUCUUGAACGCUGGAAUGAAGGAGCGGACAUUCUCUCAAAGAGACCCAGCAAACCUCGUCCAGUAAAACGGAAGAAAGGCUGGCCCAAGGGCGUGAAGCGUGGCCCUCCUAAGUGGAGGCUAAAGAACGAGCGGAAGAUGGGCUUCAAGCUGAACCUCUACACGCCGCCCGAAACGCCCAUGGAGGCAGAGCAGCAUCACAUCCAGACCGAGGAGGCUAAAGAGGAACCAGACGAGGACAUCGUCAGCGCGGACGAGUGCGACAAGGCGGACAGGGGCUCGGCCAGUCCGGAUACGCCGGUGCGGCUCCCCUCGGAGCCCCCGAGUCCCGCCGACCCCGGCUCGCAGAAAUCAAGCUCCCCCGAAGCCUCGCCGGUGUGCUCACCCGCCGCCUCACCCGGCGUGGCAUCCCCUCAGCCGGCGGACAGAGAGGACUCACCAGAACCGCCGGAGGACGACGCGCAGGAGAGCGAACGCGAAGAGGACUCCCCGGCCAAAGACGUGGAGCACAGCACCGAGGGGGCCGCAUCGCUGGAGCACGAUAAUGAAGAGGAGGACGAGGACGAGCAGAGGGCACAGCUGGAGGAUCAGGACGCAGAUGAUGAAGACGACAGUCACAACAAGCCGGUGUGUCCCGAAAGCAGCACGGAGGAGUUCGAGCAGGCCUGCAAAGACGCACCAAAAGCCCCGCCACCUUUUUUAGAUCCGCAAGAAGACAAUGACUCCGAGCUGAGUCAGCAGGUUUCUACAGCGUUGGGCCGUGAAGAAGAACCGGCUGCCGCAGAGGGCAUCCAGGACGCCGUUCCAAAAACGACAGCGAUCACGGCCCAACCCGAGGAGGCGGCCGUGGCCUCGAUAGCAGCUGUAGAUUCUGAUAAUCCCGCAGACUCCGACUCAGAAGAAGAAACCCCGAGCAGCCCGUGUCCAGAUCAGCUGCCGCCUCCGCCUGCAGAGAGGCCGGCGCUCAGUCCCGUGCUGAGGGAGGAUCCCCCAGUCUGCGCGGAGAUUGACUCAGAGACGGCCCAAGCUGUUCAGUCGCUGACACAGGAGACGGAGCGAGAGAGUGUUUACCAGGACUGCGUGGAGAGCCAGGAGCCCUGCAGGAGCCUGCAGACCUUCGCCCACGUGGCCCAGAGUCCCCAGCUCACUUCGCUGGACGACUGCCCCCAGUCAGACCACAGCAGUCCCCUCUCCUCCGCGCAGUCCCACCCCAGCCAGUCGGUGCGGUCCGUCAGCAGCCCGGCGGUCUCCAUCCUGGACAGCGGUUACACUCAGAUCAGCCCCGACCACAGUGCCAUCUCCGUGCCCUCGCUCCACAACAUGGAGACCAGCCCCAUGAUGGACGUGCCGUCGGUGUCCGACCACUCCCAGCAGGUCGUGGACAGCGGCUUCAGCGACCUGGGCAGCAUCGAGAGCACCACGGAGAACUACGAGAACCCAAGCAGCUACGACUCGACCAUGGGGGGCAGCAUCUGCGGGGCGGGCCCCUCCCAGAACAGCUGCUCCUACGGCAGCAUCCCCUCCAGCGGUUUGCCCCAGAGCAGCUGCGCCGUCAGCCAGCAAAUGGCCGCCGUGAACCCCGGCAGCUGCGGGAUGAUUCAGCAGAACAGCCUGAGCUCCCCGCCGCACUGCAACGUCAAGUCGCCGCAGGGCUGCGUGGUGGUGGAGCGGCCCCCCAGCAACAGCCAGCACAACCAGCACAGUCAACACAGCCAGCGCAGCCAGCACAGCCAACACAGCCAACACAGUCAACACGGCGCCCACAGCAGGCACGGCCCCCACAAUCAGCACAGCCAACACAAUCAGCACGGCCAUCACAAUCAGCUUACCCAGCACAGUCAACACAAUCCCCACAACCAGCAUAGUCACCAUCACAAUCACCACCUGCAGCACAAUCAGCUCAGCCAGCACAAUCAGCACGCCCAGCAUAGCCUCCACAAUCAACACGGUCAGCACGGCCAGCAGCAGCCCAUGGCCCAGUGCGCCAUCCCCACCAACUUCACCACCACCAUGCAGCUGGCCGACAUCCCCGAGUCGGGCAACCCCAACUUCGCCCUCUACGAGAGGAUCAACCACCAGGGGGAGUACGGGAGCGGGCACUACUCCCAGUCGUCCGGCCUCAGCCUGGCCAAGCUGCAGCAGUUCACCAACACGUUCAUCGACCACCCUCACUCGCUGCCUUUCAACCACUCGGCCUCUCACCCCAUCACGUCAUACGCAAACACCCCGUCGCUCUCGUCGCAGCACUCCGGCCUGGUGUCCCUGUCCCAGACUCCUCACCGGGUCCCCAACCCGCAGGUGCAGGCCACCAUGACCCCGCCCCCGAAUCUCAGCUCGCCGCCGCCCAUGAUGCUGCAGCGCAACAUGGGCAUCCCGCCGUCGCAGCGGAUCCAGCCCCAAAUGGCCUCCAAGAAUCACAUCUCGGCGCGCUCCAAGUCGGCCCCGCUGUCGCACCACCAGCAGCAGAUGUACGCCCGGCCGCCGCAGACUGUCGCCAUGCAGGCGCCGUCCAGGACGCUGGCCGCCAUGCCGCGCAUGAACAUGAGCAUGAACAUCAUGCCGGCGCCGGGCUACAACGUCAACUCCAUGAACAUGCCCUCCCUCAACGCCAUGAACGGCUACAGCAUGAGCCAGCCCAUGAUGAACAGCAGCUACCAUGGCAACCAUGCCUAUAUGAACCAGUCACCCCAGUACUCUAUGCAGAUGGGCAUGAUGGGAACACAGCCAUACCCCCAGCAGCCCAUGCAGGCUCCACCACAUGGCAACAUGGUGUACACUCCAGCUGGUCACCAUGGUUACAUGAACACAGGCAUGUCCAAGCAGUCCCUGAAGGGGCCUUUUAUCAGACGGUAACUCUCCGCAGGACUGAGCUGGUUCUUCUCAUGUGCAUUUUUGCUGUUUAAAGAUGCACUGAUCGGGCCUUGUCUUCUUUUCUUUUCUUUCUUUUUUUUUUUUUUUUUUUUUCUUAUUGUUUAUUACCUAAAAACCAGCAGCAGCACUUGGAAAGAAUGCAAAAAUUUUCAUCAGUGAGUAAACUUUAAAGCUAAUGUUUCAAAAAAAAUAAAAAAAUAAAAAAAAGAAGUAUUUUUGUUCCUCCAGAUGGGAAGCCUUACAUCGUUAUGAUGAAAAUCUAUUUAAUUAGUGUUAGUGUCUCUGAUGUGUCUUUAGGCCAGGUGGGUUCAGAGCUCAGAGGUAGAGAUUUCAUCGGUGGUCUUGCAGUCGUGUAGCAGCCUCAAAUGAAGCCAUUUAAUGUGCCUGCUACAAGUGGAAAAUAGUGGCUGUUUGAACCUGUUCAGUGUACCUGUCUAACAGUGCUGACAAUUAGUUUGUACUAUACUCAUGCCUUUGUAUAUUUAAAUUAUUGUACUUAUUUUGUAAAGUGACAACUAGCAUGCUUCAGUCUCUGUUAGUGACAGUGCAUUGAGUAGUACUGUACAAGUGUUGUGCUUAAUAGCAAGCCAUUUUAAAAAUAUCUGGCCUUUAUUAGGUUUCCCUUCCCAGGGAGAAAGAUGAAACUAUAUUUUGUUAAUUCUAAUAAUGUAAAAAAA